GAGGGGAAAGUGGGGGUGGAUUUUGGGCGCUGGCUCGGGCAGAUUCACGAGUGAUUCCUUUGCGCGCGAAUUCAGGGCACCAAACAACGCAGCACAUCGCCUUUGCGACGCGGCUUCGCGGAAGCCGAUGCUUGUUGACUAUGGCGAGAUCGCUCAUCUUUUUCCUCACGGAUUGAUGAGAGAAAUUCCAGUUUUCUAGGCGAUCGGUCGCGCGACGGGCGGCGAGCGCUCGAAAUUCAGGGUUUUGUAGCUACCAGUUCCCGUGGGGUUUGUUUCUUUCUCUUUUCUCCUCCCCCUCUAUCCCCGCUUGCUUUCUAUUGCUGUUCGUGGGAGGGAAAAUGUCAAUCUCUUUCACCUCCACUUUGUUCUCUCUCUUUUUCUUAGAAGGUUUGGUCCUGGUGGGUUGGAUUGGACAGAGAGACUGAUGACGAUGGGCGCAAUCUGAGCUCUCCAUUCAGGAAGAAGCAGUCUCCAGAGCUCAAUCUUCCUCCUCUUCCCCUUACUUCAUCCUCAUCGCCAGCUUUUACUCGAUCGUCAUCAAAUCCAUCAGUCAUGGUGUGCUUGGCUUUCCAAAAGAGCUCCACUGGUGGCGCUCUCGAGCAACGCCACGAUGCCAGCAAGAUCAAUGGAGCAGUGUCAGACGUCACCCUCCCGGUUCUCGAUGAUCAUCCCAACAAUUCGGCUGGCGCAGCCUGUCAAUCCAGCCGGAGCAGCAAGAAGAUGAGCUUGAAAGCUUCCAUUCUUUUCAAGCUCACGCUCUUCAUUGGAAUUGUGGUCGUAUCUUCCUCUGGAGUUCUAGCUGCUGUUCUAUGGUUUAAGACACACCAGCAGCUAGCUGACGAGAUUGGCCGGCGCUUGGCAGCAGUCUCGGUUCUCCGGCGGGAGCAACUCAAUGACUACUUGCUGGGCGAGAUCGAUAAGAUGGUGCUCAUCGCUUCCAGAAUCCAGAUUGUUAACAAUCUCGCAAACACGGGAGUUACGCGGGAGACCGCCAAGUAUGACCUCCAGUCGGCCAUCUCUGCCAUCUCGGAGAUCACGGGUGCUGCUGUCUACAACAAGGAAGGCUCGCUCCACUUUGCGACGAGCAACAACCAGACUUUCAGUCCCUCUCUCGCCCACCAGGAUUAUAAGCUUGUGGAGACCGCGCCUGUACAGAUCGCUUUCCCGAAACUGCGUGACAAGCUGUGGGAGUAUAACAUUUCUAGAGCCAUUAUGCUGAAUCAGACCAUGAUAGGAGUGCUGACCGCGUUGAUUAAUGCGACAACGUUGAAGACGUUAAUCCACGACAGAACUGGGCUCCAGAACACUGGCGAGCUGAUUGUCGGGGUGCCUAUUGAGAAUAAAACUGUGCACCUCUUGUUGCCUCCGCAAGCUCAUCCCGGUGUUACGUCGGUUCCUCUCAGUGGUGCCAUGGCCAGUGCUAUAGGCGGACUAUCUGGAGUUCGACGAGAGCGAGACUAUAGAGGAACGGAAGUUAUCGUCGCCUACGCUCCAGUUGGAUACCUGAACUGGGGUCUUCUUGCAAAGCUCGAUAUCAAAGAAGCUUACGCACCAAUAUCCAACAUACAAAUUGUUAUUGUGGUCACCAUAGUGGUGAUUCUGGUCGUUGGAAUCAUCGCUUCUCUUUGCCUUGCAAAGGUUUUCACCGCACCGAUUAUCGAGCUUGGGAAAGUAGCAGCGGCUCUUGGGAGUGGUGACAUGGGAGCUCGAGUCAAGAGUAACUCAGCCUGGUUUCGGGAUGAAAUUCAUGACCUGCAGGGAAUUUUCAACAGCAUGGCAGAUCAGAUAUCUGACCAUCACUCUACGUUGGAGCAAAAGGUUGCAGAGCGAACGCGAGAUCUUGCUCGAGCAAACGAAAUUCUGGCGACCGAGAUCGAGGAGAGAAAGCGGAUGGAGAUGGAGCUACAAAUGGCCAAAGAUGUAGCCGUCGCAGCUGACAAAGCCAAGUCGGAGUUCCUCGCAAACAUGUCACACGAAAUUCGCACUCCCUUGAACGGAAUCAUCAACUGCACGGAGCUGUGCCUGGACACUCACACGUCUACGGAACAACAAGAAUAUCUGGAACUUGUGCGCUUCUCUGCGAAGCAUUUGUUGCGGAUAAUCACAGACAUUCUAGAUUUCAGCAAGAUAGAAGCUGGAAAGCUGGAGAUGGAAGACAUCCAGUUCUCGUUGUCUGACCAGCUAGAGCACGCUGUGUCAGUUCUAGCAGCACGGGCACACAAGAAAAACCUGGAGCUAGCUUGGAGUGCUGAUGCCGAUGUUCCUGAUCAGAUAGUUGGCGAUCCUGGGAGGCUCUUUCAAGUGUUCGUCAAUCUCAUUGGUAACGGGAUUAAGUUCACGGAGGACGGAGAAGUCGUGGUUCUUGCGAAGCUUCAAAACAAAACCAAAGAAACUGUUGAACUGCUGUUUUCAGUGAACGAUACCGGAGUGGGAAUCCCGAAGAACAAGCAGUCACUACUGUUCCAGGCUUUUUCACAGGUGGAUUCUUCCACCACGAGGUUGUAUGGAGGAACCGGGUUAGGACUCGUGAUAUCUUCCAAGCUCGCUGCAGCCAUGGGAGGAAGAAUGUGGGUGGAAAGUGAAGGGCAGGGAAGUACUUUCUACUUCACGGCUACAUUUCAUGUCCCUGUAUCAGUGCCUGGAACUUCGCCGCCUCUAGGCGUGGAAAGCUUGAAAGACGUCUCCGUCCUGGUGGUGGACGACAACAAAACGAGCAGAGACAUCCUUGUUCGAAUGCUCAGGGCGUGGGGAAUGGUUGUGGAAUCCGCAAAUGGUGUUGAGGAUGCUCUUUCGGCCUUCCAAAGAGCUGCUCAAAGAGGCCAGCCUUUUAGGGUCUUACUCCUCGAUAUGUGGCUGAAAGGGACGAGUGCUACUGACUUGGUAAAGAGUUUACAAGAAAAUCCAAGCUUGAUCCAGAGCCGGAGCACAGCGAGACCCCUCAGUGGUGUUAGCAGCAGUUCACAGACUAUACACUGUAAUAGGCUGUGUAACGGAGACCAUGAAGUGGAGCCCGAGUGUCCAUCGAUAUUGAUACGUGGACACAAUAAACUCCCCAAUGGAAUCAUCCACAAGCAUCGGGGAUCACCAGCUCAAAGUCCCAAGUCUCAAGUGGCAGAGCAAAACUUUUCGACGCCAAGCGAAGGUACUAAGUGUCUGGACCAAAAUCUCAAAGACACUCCAAUGCUUCCUAUUGUCAUGCUUACUUCUCUAGAACACUCGGACGCAGCAAGGUGUAAGCAGAUAGGUGUUGACGUCCACACAUCAAAGCCAAUCAAACGAGCUCUAUUAAAACGAGCUUUAAAUGCCGCUCUAGGAAUUCCCGAAGAUCCUGAAAUUGUCUCUCAUGAGCCACAGGGAAGAUCGCUCAAGCAAAUCCCUGAGGGACAAUCCAAAGGCCUCAAGAUUUUGGUAGCAGAAGACAAUGUCGUGAACCAGCGGGUUGCAAUGACACUGCUACAGAAGUGGGGACAUGCAACCGUUUUGGCUUGCAAUGGUAGCGAAGCGGUCGAGCAAUCGUCAAAAGAGUUUUUCGAUCUCGUCUUGAUGGAUGUUCAAAUGCCAAUUUGCGAUGGUUUCCAGGCCACGAGGGAAAUUCGUGAGCUUGAGAAGAGCAGUGGAGUGAGAACUCCUAUAGUUGCAAUGACGGCACACGCCAUGUCCGGGGACGGAGAUCGCUGUAUAGCUGCUGGAAUGGAUGGGUACAUUAGCAAACCUCUUAACGCGAAAAAGCUAAAGGAUUUACUCGAGCUAGUUGCUACUGGUACGUUAAGGUUGGAUUUAGUCAUGUAUACAUAACCUCGUUAGCUAGCUUUGAUUCCUUAUAGCUCAAGAAAUUUUGUUUCUACUUUGUAAUAUAUUUUAUAUAUAUAUAAAUAUAUAUAUGCAAA